CUAUAAUAUUGUAAAAUGUCUAAAAUGGAUCUUACUCUAUGUACCAGGUUGAUGUAUAUUGGAUACUUUUUAUUGCACUAUUUUCUAGUUUCUACAUCACAGAUAUGCGGAGGGAUAGGUGGGAAAACAUGUUGCAGUGGAUAUGUGUGGAACAAAGCAGUAAAUGAAUGCAUACCUUGUGCGAAAGGUUAUUUUGGUCACGAUUGCAAAUUCUCUUGCCCUCCACCAACAUUCGGUGUCAACUGCGAGUCCAUGUGUGAUUGUUCUGUUGAAAAAUGCCACCAUGUUUACGGUUGCAACGCUAAACAUACCACACCAUACACCUUAGAAUCAACUUCUACUCUGCUGACAUCCUCAGAAGUAUUUUCAUCUAGAAUUACACAUUCAGAAACUUCGACUGUAACAGAGCCUAGUCUGGAGACAACCCAGGAAGAAUCUGGAACACAAAUUGAUGCCAAAGAAGAAGUGCUACUGCUAUUUUUCUACACAAGCUCAAAAUUUUGUGAUGAACAACUACAAGGAACUACAGUCUUUGGAAACAUCAAGAUAGCUGAGCAGUCGAUCUGCAAGGAGACGCACUAG